AUGUCUGUUCAAUGCUUCGAACAUAGCGACUGCGCCUCGAAUUGUUGUGAUUUAGAAUUGAACAUAUGCGACAACACUCCUGAAACACGACUCAGAGGGUGCAGGUUUCGCUCCCGUCGACUCAGAUAUGUCAAGAGGGAGGAUCCGCCACCCACAACAACAGCUCCGCCGCCAGAAUCAACAGCUCCACCCGAGUCAUCAGCCCCGCCGCCUGAAUCAACAGCUCCACCCGAGUCAUCAGCUCCGCCGCCUGAAUCAACAGCUCCGCCAAAAUCAACAGCUCCACCCGAGUCAUCAGCUCCGCCGCCUGAAUCAACAGCUCCGCCAAAAUCAACAGCUCCACCCGAGUCAUCAGCUCCGCCGCCUGAAUCAACAGCUCCACCCGAGUCAUCAGCUCCGCCGCCUGAAUCAACAGCUCCGCCAAAAUCAACAUCUCCUCCCAAGUCAUCAGCUCCGCCGCCAGAAUCAACAUCUCCGCCACCAGAGUCAUCAAUGCAACCGCAAGAAAGCCCUCAACCAACAGCAGGCCAGGGCGGUGCGGGAAAACAAUACAUUACUGGUCCAUGUAGCAAAGAUACGGACUGUCUUUCUGGAUGCUGUGGCUUCAAUACCGGCGUAUGCGAAGCACCUCUUGACACGGAACGUGCUGGGGGAUGCGGACGUGGGGAUUCGCAGCCCAAUUGGUCAGCUAGCAUGCUGUACCAUGAAACCUCUGCUCCCACUCCUUGA